CUAUCUACAUGUGGAUGCCAAACGGCUCCCCUGCAAUUAGUUCGCCUUGGUAUGUUCCCCAAUACUCCUUCAAAGCCUACACUGGCCAUCGACUUCCGUGUGUUAUCCCUCGCUUCAAACUUGUUCAAGCGCCUCACACCAAAUUCCACGGCCUGGUGUGAGGCCUUGGAUGACUUUUUCAAGCAAAUGCGAUAUCAAUUCGCAACGGACGAUCCCUUGCGCAGAUGGUUUGCCAUGGCCAUCCAUUGGUUUGCGGUGUUGCGGCUCGCCGUAGAGUCCCAUGUCGACAGGGUCAUUGAAUGCGCUCAGCCUGCUCGAAUGUCCACACCGGUGGCCGGUACCAGUUCCGAGGAUGCAGUUCCCCUCGAUACGUCUCCCGUUAUCGCUUCUCAUUCUUACUCCCGAACGCAGGUGUCGCCUUACCUGCAGUCCCGGUGCGCAUUAUGUUUCCCCGAAACGUUCAGCCAUUCGACGUCAAGCCCGGAUGUGAUUGUAUGCCUAGACGCGUGCUUCACGCAGAAGCGCGCCAACAACACUCGCCAGGCGGCCGGCGAAGAUCCGCCAAAUCCUACAGCCUCUUUUUUUGUUCCCGAAUGUGUCGUCAAAGAAAUACAAGAGUGGGUUGCCCAGCAACGGGAACCGAGAACUGGAACUCGAGGGCGCCAGCACGAAGACGAUGACAACAUCGAGGCUGGGAUGAAGGUGCCCGCAUCGAGUCUGGAAGCAUGCGGUUCCUCUUUCAAGGCAGCGGAUGAAACACGCGAGAAAGCGAGCACUUGUUUUUUCGCUGACACUGGCCUGAUGGCACUUGUUUGCAGACAUGAUCGUGUCCUCUGGUUCUGCAACAUGACGUCUGCCGGUGAGAGGCAGUACUAUGCGUUGGCGCUCUUAGAAAUGCUCCUCCGCCACGUUCCCGGAACAACGAGAGUUGGGCUGUUGUACGACAUUGCCUGUCAGCUGGAACGCAGCGCCCGCAAAUGGGGACUCCUGUCGGACGAAGUGCUUGCUCGAAUGGAGUUUGGUGUCUCGGUGUUUCACGCGUAUGGGCACCAAUGGCCAUGUCAAGUGGUGUACCACCCUUGUAAGCGUAUAGGAUUUGGACUAUCCGAUGGUGAAGGCUGUGAGCGUCUGUGGAGCGCUCUUCGAUUUUUGAUCUCGAUCUUAAGGGUUUCCGGUAUGCAUCAACGUCGUUUUGUGUUAGACGAUCAGGUGCGGUUUCUUGACGCUAAGGCAAUGAUAAGCAGUGGGACAUGGCUUCGCAACAAGUGGAAGGGGUGUCAGGAGAAGAAAACAGUGGCCUUGGACGUUCUGAGGGAAUGUGCAACACCGGUUGGGGUGUUGCGAGGCGAGUGGAACUCUCAGGUUUUGUCCCAGACUCGCCCCUACCCCGUGCGCGCGUACCUUGCCCGCGUGGAUGCCGCAGUUGCAAGGGCGCUAGAACUGGAAAAGACUAUGAACGCGCGUGGCACUCAGGUCACCCAUCUCGAACAGCAAUUACGUGCAGGGUUAAACUCGGACGUAUUGGAUAUCGGUGUCAUGCUCAAGGAUGCUCGCGAGUCCCACAAGUUGGCAAUCGCGGCGCUUCAGCAAUGCCUCGGCACCAUGGGUGCUCCAGCUCGUCGACGACUGCAACAACGUAAACUGGAUGUGUACAUGCAAGUGAGAAUAGAGGCGCUCUCUGCUUUGACGCGUAUCCGAGAACGAGCACGCGGUCGAAAGUUCCAGCUCGAGCGCAUGAAGGACUCAUACCGGUCAUCGGCGAAUGUACCUGCAGAAAAUCACUUAAUGACCCACAUUGAGUCAUCCGUAAAGAGGGGCGAGCCAUCAUUGAAACGGCUGGUGGAUCGUUAUAAUCAGCUCUGCAUGGACAUCAGGAGUCUGAUAUCAAAGCGAAGGGCUCCUGCCCGUGCUGUGGUCCCACCCCUUAUUACGGCGCAGCAAGUGUUCAAUCUAGAUGUCGACAAUGACAUAUGGCAAAACACCGGCCUCGAUGAUUCUUCGUUGGCACCUCCGGCUUGGCUCUCCAACGAUAGUGUGCGCAGAGGAAUUCGAGCAAUGCUUGAGGUCGACCGCUGCAACGAGGAAGAGGCUCGCCUCCUGGUUGAGCGUUGUCGACUUCAGGACUGGAUCAAAGAACAGUGGCAACAUCUCAAGCGCGCUGAAGCAGGCACUGGUGCGAAUGAGGUCUAUUUCAUAACUCGUAGAAAGGAGCACGUCGCUCGUUUGUAUACCGAGUGGGAGCCGUUGGUGCGAGAUAUACCAUGCGAUGAGGGUAGUUCAUGGGGGCUGGAUCCAGGAGAAGUCAGGGAC